CCAUGGCCAAAUUUAGAGGAUUCCUGAAAUUCCUCAUGUUCUUCCUUUUAAUUGCGUCUCUAAUUUUAGUCACAAUUGUGGGUUGUGAAAAAGAAGAGAAAUUGGAGAAUCAGAGGCCAAAUGCAGCAGAAAGAGCAAUAGGAAUAACCUCUCAUAGUAGCCAUUGGAACAAGGUCAGAUCAUGGAUAAAUUUAGCUUGGCACAAAUUACCAUUGAGCCCACCAAGUCCAGAGCCACCUAUAGAGCCACCACCAUUGACGGCUGAAGAUGUUGUCAAGGAAGCGGUCGCAAAGAGUUAUGAGACGAGCAAAAUGACUGCCGAAAAUGCAGUUAAAUUAGCAGGGGAAGCUAUGCAAAAAACAGCAGAGAAAAUGAAGAGAAGUGUGUCUAACGUUGACGGUGGAGAUGAAUCCGAUUUGUGAAUUCAUCAAAUCAUAUGCAGAGGUAGUUUAAGACGAUGGCUCUCAUCAUCCUCUUUCUUGAAGGAAAUUCUUUUUUUUUUUUUAACUUCAUGUUUUUUUAUGCACAUAUUUGGGUUCUUGUAAUCAAUCGGCUUUGGUUAUUCCGAAACCGCCAUAGUAUCAUGUUUUUAAAGUAUUCUUUUUGGAAUUAAUUGUGUUUUAUGUAAUAUGUCUUUGAUUCCUGCAAUUUAGAUUCUUUUCUGUUAAUUUCUUGUAGAAUAUUUUCUUUUCUUCUUUUUUUUUCAGUUUUUUUUUUUGCUCUCUUUACAUGUUGUUGUUGUUGUGGUGUGAGGCUCUGAUGAACUUUACUCUUUGAUGAUCUUGGAGCAAGUCACGUUACCAUUGCUCAGAUACAAGAGACUCAUGGUGUGAGUAAGGUUUACAACAGGUCAAGCCAGCUUAAUGGUCCAGCCUAGUGUAUGGGCCAGGCACUCCUAAGCUUGAGGCCAGCCGGCCGGGAUACUCAUGGCGUUGGUAGGGUUGCCAACAGGUCAAGCCAGCUUUCAAGUCCAGCCUAGUGUCAGGCACUCCUGAACUUAGGCCAGCGAGCCAGAAUGCAAAGGCCGUUUUUAUUUUGGAAGGGGCAUUAGCCACCUUUACCACUCAAGCCUAGCAUGAACUUUUUACGAUCCAUGCAUGUGGACUAUAUAUGGUUCAUGAACUAAAUUUUUAAAGGGUUGUAUGUAAUGAGAUCAUUUAUUUUUUGGAACAAAGAGAUCAUAUUUAUUUUUGGC